CCAUCCUUCUCAUCCUUUCUCAAUCGCAUCACUUCCAUCACUUACUCUGUCACCUUCUGACCUUCAUACUAACUCUCAUAAUCUUCUACAAUGCGUCUCUCGACCUUCGCUAUUUUGGCAGCUGCUUCGGCAGUAUCUGUCUCUGCCAUUCCUGCUCCUGCUCCAGAGGCUGCUCCGGAGGCCGCUCCUGUUGAUUACGGAAAGUAUGGUGACUAUGGCAACUACGGAAAAUACAACAACUAUCCCGCUCCCCCAAAGCCAAGUCCUCCUCCAACAAGUUACGGCAAAUAUGGUAGCUAUGGCUCCUACAAGCGCGAGCCAGAGGCCGAGGCCGCUCCUGAGCCUGCACCAGAGGCAGAGAUCGUUGAGAAGCGGACUGACUAUGGCAAAUACGGCGACUAUGGCAACUACGGGAAAUACAACAACUACCCAGCCCCUACUCCAACUCCACAGAGCUAUGGCAAAUAUGCCAGCUACGGCUCUUAUAAGCGUGAGCCAGAAGCUGAGGCCGAGGCUGCCCCAGAGCCAGUUCCAGAGCCAGAGGCAGAGGUUGUCGAGAAGCGUACUGACUACGGCAAGUACGGUGACUACGGUAACUACGGGAAGUACAAUAACUACCCAGCUCCUAGCCCAGCUCCAACUCCCAAGGGAUACGGAAAGUAUGCUAGCUACGGCUCGUACAAGCGCGUUGAGGGUGAAGCCGAGGCCGAAGUUGAGGCUUAAGCUGGAACCAUUUGUGCUCGCACUCUGUGCAGUUCAAGGGAUUGGUAAGCUGGGACUGGAAUCUUAACUAGAUGCGGGCGGGUAAUGGAUAUGGUGAAUUAUGCGAGGGGACACAAGCAAUAGACUACUUCAUUCCUAGUUUAAUGCUGAAUUUUCAGAUACUCAACGACUCGGUGCAUGCACUAUCCUGUGUCCUUUCAUCGCAUCUUAUCUUCGAGGAAUUUAUCUUGCAAUCUUCCUUACAAGUAAGCAGAAGCACACAAAUUUAGAAAUUACAGCUUAAAUCACCU